AUGUCCUCGGAGCAAUCAGCCGCAGAGGCAUGGAACCCUCCCGUCACUGGUACACCGUGCUGGAUCGAGAUCCCUGCCAGUGACCUCUCUCGGGCCAAGAAUUUCUACGCCGAGGUUUUCAACUGGAAGUUCCGCUCCGAUCCGGGGGCGGCCGAGCAUAAGGACGUGGCCAUGUUUUCCUUUCCGGACCCCAAGUUCGAGAGUUUGGGUGGUGGAAUCAAGAAGAUAACUGAUCCGGAGGGAAAGAAAGGAGGCGGGCCGAUUGUGUACUUGUACGUGGACAGUUUGGAAGACAUUGCCAAGGCCAUCCCAGCCGCAGGCGGGAAGAUCAUCGGAGAGGUUAUCCCCGAGGGCUCUUUCGGAUUCUACCAGCUGUUCGAGGAUACCGAAGGCAAUGUCGGCGGGAGUUACACUAUGGCGAAGAAGUGA